AUGUCUUCAAACAAGGAGCAACCAAUUUUCACUUGCAACGCUCAUGUGUUCCACAUAGAUCCCAAAACCAAACGCACUUGGAUAACCGCAAGUUCGAAGGCCAUCGCCGUUAGCUUCUUCUAUGAUUCCUCUCGCAAUCUCUACAGAAUUAUCAGUGUUGAAGGGAGUAAGGCUGUUAUCAAUUCCACUAUUACGCCCAAUAUGACAUUUACCCAAACAUCCCAAAAGUUUGGCCAAUGGAGUGAUGUACGUGCCAAUACAGUUUACGGGCUUGGUUUUGCAUCAGAAGCCGAGCUUGGUAAGUUCAUAGUGAAAUUUCAGGAAGUGAAGGAAGCCACAAAGGAUGCGCUCAACAAAGCAUCUGCAAACGGUAACUCGGCUGCAGCAUCGGCCAACGCAUCGCCUAUAACGGCCCGUGCAUCGGCCAAUAGCGGCGAUAUCUUCGAAUCCGGAAAUUUGGAACCACCACUGGCCCCGGCAAGCAGCAUUUCGACGAGCUGUAAAACCGACAGUCCAUCGCAUAACAAUAUCACUGAGACGAAUGCUAACAAUCUGAACAAUGAACUGAAGCAAUUGUCAAUUAACAACUCAACAUCGAACGAUGGUACGGUAACCUCGACGUCGGAGCAACAACUAAAAUACGAGAACGAAAGAUUGAAGCUUGCUCUAGCGCAAAGUUCUGCUAAUGCUAAAAAGUGGGAGAUUGAGUUGGCAACGUUGAAAAGUAAUAAUCUACGAUUAACGAGCGCUUUGCAGGAAUCCACAGCAAAUGUCGAUGAGUGGAAACGGCAAUUGCACUCGUACAAGGAAGAAAAUCAAAGAUUAAAAUUGCGCUACCAAGAUCUGGAAGCGGGUAAAGGUGGAGCUAUUCUCACGGCAGGUGGUGCGAAUGCGACCGGUUUAACUUCAAAUGAGCUAACUGAAGAGCUAAGACGUGAGAUUGUGUCUCUAAAAUCCAGGAUUGAGGGACUGGAGGCAGAACUUAUGAAUCAAGAAAUGGAACUGAAGGCAGCAAACAAAACGCUCAAAGAUAAACAAAACGAUCCUACCCUUAAACAGAUGACAAGUCUGUGCAAUCAGUUCAAUGCACAAAUAACAGAACUAAGCGGUAUUCACAAGGAGAUGGAAAAGUUGAUUCAGGUGCAGCACAAAUCUACUUGA